AGAUUGGCGAGCCCAUCAUACUUUUGGYCAGCGGCAUCUCUCCCAACAUGCAGCUGUUUUUUGUAAGGAACGCCUGGUARAUCUAUUAUUUUUACUUUCAUUCAUUCGAACUGAAAUUGAGUAAAAGAGUCUAUUGCACGUCAUCUAUUCGAAGAAUACUUACUAGCAAUAACAGCCUUCCUAUUUAUCAUGCAUGUGGUCUCAUAAAGACGGUUUUGGACUUGUUUGUCUCACGAUUUCAGUUUCGAGGGAGUCUUCUCAGCGACAAUGAAGAUUUUAGUUUCCAGUUUCAUUCGAUCAGGCGAUUGAUGCAUUUCAUGUGAAGUUCUAUCCAUGGAAGAACCCUUAAAAAGCAUAUUUUGUAUCAAGAAGAAGCCAUACGAUGUUUUCCUUAAUAAAGAAGAAAUAACAUGGACUCCACAAGCCGCCGAGCAAUCAGGCACAGCAAAGAAAAUGUAUAACCUUCAAGCAAGAAGUCUUCUUAUGCGCGAUGUCAUUGGAGCAUUAAUAAGAAAGAAAAAGUCAUCUAAGAAGUCCAACAGUCCUGGGAAACUUUUGGGUUUGACAGUGUGUACUUACUGCAAGGAAGGAGACAGAAAAUUGGCUGAGUCUAGACUGUCUUUUGAAAGUGAUGACUUGGAGUUAUGUCAGCUKUGGUCUUCCACAAUCAAUGAAAAYCUAAAAGGUCUCCAUGGCCGGCCGAGCAAAUUGAAAGUAUUCAUCAAUCCUCAUAGCAAGAAAGGCAAGGCACCCAUGGUGUAUGAUAGCCUGGUAGCUCCACUUUUCAGGAAGGCAGGGAUAAAGACAGACGUUAUAACUACAGAAAGGGCAGGGCAUGCAUGGGAGUUAUUAUCAAAGACUUCUCUUGAAUGCUAUGAUGGUGUGGUUUGUGUUGGUGGCGAUGGUAUCGUCCAUGAAGUUGUUAAUGGACUUCUAGAAAAACACCACCUUAAUCAUGGUAUUGACAUAAUCAAUGAUGCCCUUCCCAAUGACUUUGAAGCCAUUAAACUUGACAUUCCAGUAGGAAUUAUUCCAGCUGGCUCUACGGAUGUUAUCAUAAAUUCAGCCCAAGGUGUCAAUGAUCCAGUUACUUCAGCAAUUCAUAUCAUAUUAGGCCAUUCUCAAACACUUGAUAUCUGUUCUCUGGAAAAUGCAAAUAGGCUAAUCAGAUUUUCUUUCUCGGCUGCUUAUGGUUUCCUUGGAGAUGUAUUGAAAUCAAGUGAACGUUCAAGAUGGAUGGGUCCCAGCAGGUACAAAUGGGCUGCAGCUAAGCGGAUGUGUAAGCUCAGGUCGUAUGAUGUCGAGAUAAAUUAUCUGUUAAGCACCAAUACGAACUGCCACCCUCGUGACAAUCAAAGAUGUAGAACUGGAUGUGAAGUGUGCAGUGGCAUAGAAUCGCCAGCAGAAACAUUUGAAGAAUGGAAGACUUUCAAAGGUAGUGUUGUAGGAGUCAGUCUGAUAACUCUCCCCAGUCCAUGUGAUAUAUCUCCAGAUGGCCCCUCUCCAUGCUGUCACCUAGGGGAUGGAUAUACAGACAUGAUUAUUGUUCGGUCUUGCUCACCGAAACAGAUGUAUUCACAUGUUAAGAGAAAUUUUAACUCAAAAGAUCAGUUCGAUUUCGACUUUGUUGACGUUUCUCGCGUAAAGCAAUGUCACAUACGGGCAAUUACAGAUUGUCAACAACAACAUCAAGCUGAAGAGACUGGGUCGGUAUCUGUUACUCGCCGUUCCACAUUAAUCAAUAGUGCUAGUAAAGACCGCUCUGUUGGRAUAUGGAAUGUCGAUGGAGAACUUUUAGACGAGCCCUCUGUACUUGUCAGAGUCCAUCGUCAGCUGAUAACAGUCUUUGGUCAAGGCAUUCCUGACAUACCAUUAAGAAAUAAAGGAUGUCUUCCAUUGUUGUCAUCAAACUAAGGCAUGGUUUAUACUACAGACGACAAAGACAAGGAAAUGCAAUCAAGCCUUCCAUCAUUAUAUGGCCUUUUAUAUAAAAACCCAAGAAGCUGAACUCUCAGUUUUACUGGGUUGUCUUCUUCUUUCUUUUAAUAUAAACAUUCUUAGUUUCCUACACAAUCUGUAAAUGUUAUGCAGGUUAUUUUUGGUUUCCGUUUUGCUUAUCCGCGUUAUCACUAUUAUUCUGGCAUCUUUAUGUUUAUGUUACUAUUAUUUCACUCCUCUUCACUCCUCUUGUUUCGCUUUCGUGGCGGUUUUUGUGAAUACUUUGCUUUAUAACUCUUAUGAGUUUUAUAUUCACGUUUACUGCAAAUGACAAACGUCAAAUUUUUUUUUUUUUUGCUUUGUCUCAAAAUUACAAAUUUACAAUCGUAAAAACGCUUCAAAAGGAAAUAUUGAUGCGCUAAUACACGAAAAAGUGAUCUAUUUUACACAUAAUCGCGAAAGAACGGAGAGAAACAGUGAUCACGUGAUCAGUUUUGAUGUUUGGCGUUCGCCUUAAACGCGUAUCUAAGCUCUAUGAUAUGAUUCCUUCAUCAUUCUUCAUCAUCAUCAUCAUCAUUAUCAUUAUUAUUAUUAUUAUUAUUAUUAUUAUUAAAGUAUAUAUA